AUGGCCACCUACGACAGCACGAUCGGCAUAAACCAAGGCAUCCUCGCCACCCUCACCCACAUCCUCACCAAAGCCGAACAAGAACACCCCGAUCCAUCCUCCCUCCUCGACGCCCGCCUGCACCCAGACAUGUACCCCCUCACCGACCAAGUGCGCUGCCUGACCCAAUUCUCCGAAUACCUCGCCGCCCGCCUCACAGACCGCGAACCGACCCAGCUAGGCGCCAAACCAAACACAUUCGCCGAAUGCCACGCGCGCAUCGAGACAGUUCUCACGACCCUCCGUGCAGCAGACAAAGAUCUCGUCAAUGCGCAGGGCGAGGCCGUUAAGCCGACGAAUCGCGGCCCGCUGGGGGAUGUGGAUAUGAGCGGUGCUGUGUAUGCGCAUGCGAUUGUGCUGCCGAAUAUCUACUUCCAUUUGGCGACGGCGUAUGGGAUUCUUAGGGCGAAUGGGGUGGGGCUUGGGAAGAUGGAUUAUUAUCAGGGGUUUGUGCCGUUGCAGGGGUGA